AUGAUGCUCAGAGAAACAAAAGUUGUGGCAUUAACAGUCUUCCACACUUUCUUGCUUGCAAUUUGUUCUGCUAAUGGAAACCAGACAUGCAGGCCUUCUUCUUGUGGAGAUAUUCAAAAAAUUAGCAACCCUUUCCGAUUGAAAGGUGAUCCGUCUGGGUGUGGUGAUCCUGACUAUGAAUUGGUCUGCGAAAACAAUCGUACUAUGGUAAACCUGGAGCAUGGGAAAUACUAUGUUGCCGAUAUCAACUACGAUAACUACACCAUUCGGGUAGUGGAUCCAGGGGUGGAAAAGGGCAACUGUUUCUCCGCUCCUCUGUAUUCCUUGACAAGAGAAAUAUUCCGUUCGGAUAAGAGAGCAUAUUUUUUGAAUCCGCAUGAAGCGACCAAUACCACGGUUUUGAUGAACUGCGAGCAGCCAAUAAGUGAUGGCAACUAUAUUCCUAUCACUCCUUGCAACAGAAGCAAUGUGACUUCAUCUUCCUCACAAGCAUAUGUUUAUGCACUAGUCGGCGGAGGAGACUCCCUGCUGGUGAAUGAUAUUAAGUAUUCAUGCACCAUUAGCAGGACUAUUAUUACUCAAUUCUUGAAGCCCGGCAAUCUUUCAAGGGUACUCUUUUGGGUAUUGGUUCUCUGA